AUGCACCGAAUCAUAAAUCUGAACGCUCUUGACGCAGACGGGUUUACACCGUUGAUGCUCGCGGCUAAGCAUGACAGCAGCCAGGUUUUGGCAAAGCAGUUAGUCGAGAGGCCAGGACUGGACUUGGAGGUGAGGGAACCUAAGACAGGUUCCACAGCUUUGCUGCUGGCAAUCGGCGCCUUUAACACAAUUGCGGCCGAUGUCUUGGUGCAGCAUGGAGCCAACCCCCGGACCAGAGAUAAACUUAAUCGGACCCCUUUGUCUAUUGCCUUGUUCAAUGCGUCACUCAAGAUUGCGAACGAGGAACGGAACGAACAAACUUUUGCUUUCUUUCGCUCUAUCCUUCCUCAGGCCAAGGAGGACUUGAACCUGAGAGACGACCGGGGACUACUGCCUCUGGAGAAAGCACUUUCCAGUUUCAGAAGCUUGGCCUUCGCGAGAUUGAUGCUUACAGAAGGUCUUGAUCCCGACACUCCGGACGACGACGGUUGCGUCUGGCUGUCAUAUCUGGGCGAGCUUAGCGAUUCCAGAACUAUAGACUUUUUACUAGCAAGGCCUGGAGUCAAUCUAAAUGUCAGAGACCGUGACGGUAGAACACCCAUUAUACGUUGGGUGAAUCGGCCCUUUGUCGACGGUUCAGCCGUGAAGAGGCUCCUUGAGGACUCGAGGGUCGACGUGUCCAUUCGAGACAACGAGGAAAGAACUCCCUUGAUGGUAGCAGCUGCCAAUGGCUGCGCCGAGGGAGUCAGAGCACUUUUGGACGACCCCAGGAUCGAUGCUCAAGCUACGGACAGUCAGGGUAGCUCUGCACUGGAACUUGCCACAUGGAGAAAGAUUGCGGUUGAGUCCCGCCUUUGGGACGUCAAAGAACAGAUCGCUAAUGAGCUCAAGCCCACAAGUCGCAGGAAUAUUGGCCAGCUACUAGGAGCGAUCAGAAGUCGGAACAAAGAAAAGCGAGGAUCGUCUCUCCUGACAGCAGCAGAGCUGACCAUCGAAAUGCUGAAGGCUCACGCUCAGCACCAACGAGAUCGAGAAUAUUAUGCACGGAACGACCGAGUAUGA